CCGCACCAGCACCAGCACCAGCACCAGCAUCAGCAUCAACAUCAAGAUCAGCAACGAGAUGACAGAAGUGUAGUAAGUGUCAAUCUACCUAUUAUGAUACCCGUUACGAUAUCACAUAGCAGAAAAUGCGUAUGUUAUAUCUUGUGCAAUCAAAAUGCAAUCUCUCACGUGUCGAUUCAACAACAUAUUUUUUCCCAAUGCUCUCAAACUUACGGACUUCUAGGAACUUUCUCUUUCUCCUAUUGUAAUGGACUGCUCAAAUUUUCCCUCUUCUCCGGAUUUAUUUCUAUCUCAAAAGCAGCUCCAAACCAACAGUCCUCUCAUUGAAGCAGCCUCUGGUCAUCAUUCUCGAGACCCAUCAUCUUCGCUUGAAAAUUUUCCUACAAUUGUCGAUAGUUCUCUCGAGAAAAAGCGAAAGCUGCAUUUCACCGUCGACGAAAGUCACCAAUCUCCAAUCAUCCGACGAAGUCCCGUCGGAAAAACUGUGGAACCCGAUAGUCCAGUUGAUAGUCAGAUAAGUGCAUUGUCGGCUUACAGUCCGGCUAGAUCUUCGGCAUCUUCAGAUGCCAGGGACAGCCGCGGUGGUUCCAUCACCACUAGUUCUUUGCGUACUCCAAGAUUGUGGACGCCAGAAGAAGAUAAAUUGCUCUUGGACGUAAUAGGCUCGGUAAAAAACAACUUUUGUUGGCCUGAGAUUGCUCUGGAUGUACCCGAUAGGACAGGCAAGCAAUGCCGUGAGCGUUAUUUGAAUCAUCUUGGGCCUCACUUAAAACGGACGGCGUGGACGGCCCUCGAAGAUACUAUGAUUUUUCGAAUGUACGCAUCGCAUGGUUCAAAGUGGUCACAAAUGGUCAAGUAUCUACCUGGUCGUACCGACAACGGGAUCAAGAAUAGAUACCACCAUCUACGACGUCGCUUUCAGAAGCGAAUGAAAUCUGUUCCUAACUCGCACGAGUUAAAAGUCCUGAUGAAAAGAAUAGAACAGAGCCCUUCCUAUCAAAGUCUCUCUAUGGACGCGUUCGUUGUAAAGUACACAGCUUUGAGAAUAUUGAAUGAUACGUCAAAAACAUUUACGAGUUUGAAAGCUCGUGCCAAUGGAGAUGGAGAGUAUCAGUUUGGUCCGUUCUAUCGAGUGAGAGAGAACACUCAAUGUGGACGUUGCGGUCUUAUCAUGCCAUCAAAAGAGACCGGCAGCUCGAUUUGUAGCAAGACAGGAUGGUGUAAGAGGUGCACCGGAGUAUCAGUUGUCGUGACUGGCGACGUCCUUCGUUUGAUUCAUUUGGUUAGGUAAAAGACUUCCGGGAGAGAGGAGAAACAGCAUUUGCGUGGCUAAUGCAACGCCAAUAACCAAACGAAGCACUGCGAGGACAGUAGUAGGAAUAGAGCGCUUUUGGAUGAAUUUCUCUGUCAUUGUGACCAUGCAGAAGCUUAGUUCCUUGUCAAGAAAGUAAAAUAUAGUAUUUUAGAUGUUGUAUGACAGCAUUGAAUACUACUACUAGGAAUACAUUUUAGGUGAAAUCUGGUAGCGAUGUUUCCAGGAAGUGUUUGGUGCUCGUGCAAUACGUCACGAAACGAUACUCAUGACAUUCAAAUAUUAUGAUGCCACUACCGGUAGGGAUUCCACUGGUUAAAAUGAAUUGACCAUUGAUCUUCCAUCAAUUUCAACAAAGAAUCUAUGGAAUGGUUCUUAUCGCCGUCCCAGGUUGGACAGUGGCAAAGGCUUCGGUCCGAAAUCUCGUUGAUAUCUACUGUAAUAUUCUGGGCUGAAACGUCCUGGGUGAGAUUGAACAAAGCCGGGACACGAAUUGUGCCUUCGAAUUCGGCUUCAAGGAUCAGUGUCCGGUGGUAAAAGGCUUCAGCCAAUUGGAAUGCCUGGUGUCUGUCCGCGGGCGUGAUGUGAACGAUGAUCAUAAAGUCCGUGAUCGACAUCGGCUGGACCGUCAUUGGUGGGAUUACGUAGGUACCGAAUUGUUUUCCCUGAAAAGAAAAGGUUCCUUUUCCCUCGUCAAGGGCAGCAGCUAUGCGAUUUGGAUUGCUCAGGCUUGUCAGAAUUUCGAGGCCGGCAUCUAUCCGGAAGGUUACAAUUUUCUUCACGAUUUCAGACCAGGCGACCUCAUCGUUGCAAACAUUGUAGACGGGUAUUUGUGGGAAAAAGAACAAGGAAGUGCCCACAAAAAACAGAAUCGUAAAGAUCGAGAGCCAAUGCAGCAUCGAACAGCACCUGUUUGAUCGUUGAGAUUGGCGGGGCUGGUCGGCCGAGUCGAUGUCGAUGUCGCCGUUGAAGGAUGGAUGAAGCAGAGGAGCGGCUUCAUUCUCUCGAUUCCCGGGUUGAUUUCGAUCGGUAUUGUUGUUGUGAUUUUGUGCCUCCUGCAUAAGAUGAUAAGGAUUGCUACUUUCCUCGUUCGCUUGUACCUGAUUUUGUUGCUCUCGGUUCUCGUUCUGCUCCGAUUGUACCGAUCGAAGCGCAUUGUUGCCUUGGUCGCCGGCCUCUUCGGGUGGCCGUGAUGUCUCCUCUGCCACAAUGUCACCACCAUCGGCCCUGACUUCAUCGUUACCACCAUCGCCAUUGCUUAUGGCAGUGGUGUCGGAAUCGACGGAGGGUUGGUUUUCUUCCUCGACAGUGGCGUCGACUUCCAUGGAAAUGUCGGGCAACCGGGUGUAAAAAUGGUCGUCCUCGUUUGGACCGGCUGCCGCGCGAGCAUCGGUACCCCUGCUGCUUGUGGUGUGGUGCGAGCGACAACAGAUGCGGCGACGGUGGCGACAAACACAAAGGCAUGCGACACAUACCCCGCCGACCAAAAGAAUCGCGGUCAGGGCUCCCGUCGGAACCCGAUCCAACACCGCGUUUAUCGGAGAAGAAGGCUGCGGAAGUGGCUCCGCCUCGGACCUUCGGCACCGAUCGUUGGAAUAACAGUCGACGCCGACCGCGCAUCCAAAACGGCUUCCAACUGCGUGACACGCAUUGUCGUGUUCGCACCAGUGGCAGAAGCGGGACGCCAGGGCACAAUCGUGGCAGGUUGUUUGGGCCGCGCAGGUUGUGUUGUCCUUUGGUUUGGGGGGUCCAUUGCUGCAGGUGCUUCCCCAGGCGCAACCGUGAAUGCUUCCACGAGCGUGGCAGCUUUCUGUCGACUUGCACCAGUGGCACGUAUGCGUGCUGGUGCAAUCUUCACAUGUAUUCAGGGAGCUGCAGGAAUUGUAGGUAUAACCGGCACCGAAAAUACUCGUACCACGAACGACAUCGCUGCUGAUAGCAAUGCUUUCGUUCGUGAUAUUUGCAUGCUGUUUUUUGAUCGUGGGUACCGCUGCUGCCGAUGCUACAUACACCGACAGACCCACGUUCGAAGUCAAACUCGAGAUCGCGUUUGCCAAGAAAAAUAAUAAUGCACAGGACAGAKAAUUUGUCAUGCUGCUGCUCAGUUUUGGUUCUCGAUUCCGCCCCCGUUCGGGAUAUCGUCCUUUGUCCUUUAUCUCUACGAACAGAAAGUGGCCAAAUACCAAAUACUAAUAGAUUCGUUGAGAGUAUGAAUCUCGACAGAAGCGAACGGUUCGUUACUGUACCGUACUGUAUUUGUCGAAUGAAUGAUUCUUCGUUCAGUUUUGGUCACCGAUUGAUUCUUUUUCGGGUCCAAACUGAGAAUUCUSAAGGCGCACGUAAACGGACUUGACUUUUCUCCUGUCAGAAGGCAAGGGGGGGGCGUCGGUAUCAAAAUUAGUGCGUAGUACUUGGUACAGUAGUAGUCAACCUCUGCAAUAAAUAAACACUGUGGAUGCGUACGUACGGUACUGUACCGUACGAAGAACGUGAAUCAAAACAAUAGUACGGUGCUGUACGUACGGUACCGAUACGUUUGUUGAAGUAUUGGUACAACUCUCCCACGACUGAAUUACUACGAGUUUCAUAACAAUUGCUCAGUGUCUUUUGCCUGUGCGCCAAGAGUUUCGAUUUGACGUUAAGAACUUCAAAUGUCCCAGUAGAAAUCCUAUUGUGUUCUACUGAGCUAGUAGUAGUUUUUAUGGCAUUCAUGAUUGAAUCAUCUGGAACUAUUUUUUGUUUUGAAGGGAAUCAAUCCGGCCAUUCAGUCAUUUCUUAAGAAACAGCUCUGUACUAGUAGCUAGAACCURGCACAUGAUGUAUGAGCAAAAGUUCAUAACUUCAAAUUGAAGUUCUUGCAGUUCUUAACUUCAAAUUGAAACUCUUGGCAAAUACGCAAGACACACUGUGCAAUUGUUACUACUACUAUGAAAAUCAUAGCAGUAUUACUAGUAUUAGUACUCCUACUACUACAAAUUCUUGCCAGAACCAUCUUGAUUUCAAUUUUUGGGGAAAACAUGAAUUCCCAGUGCAAUGGAUACAUACGUACUGCAUUAGAAAGAUACGUACGUACUAUAUCUGAAGCAUACGUACGAUACGAAGCUUCGUAGAAAGGAAUGAAGGAGCAUACCAUUCAUACGUACCUAUCGUAAGGUACUGUUUAUAUGUAUAGAUCAUACGAUCCAUCAUAUUGAUGAUCGUAAGAGGUCUAAGAUACUAUUCGAGAAUACCUCACGAAGAAUAGAGAUGUCACGAGUCCGGAACAGAGAACUCCCAUGUAGAUUCCCUACCAGGUCUACAUGAGGUUCCAAUCGGAACUUCGGAAUUCUCGUGAACGCGCUUGGUAAUCUUCGAAUAAUCUUAAUCUUAUAAUUCAAUCUUCAUACACACUUAACACCUACUAAGAGUACACGUAAUCUCGUGCACCCAGGACCACCUCCUGAUCCUGAAAAUUGUUAUCAACUUUCAUCACAAAUUUUUGUGAUAAAAAAUCCAUUUUGUGGUUGAUGGAUUGUGAUCAAAAUUGAUAAAAAAGUGCACAAUAUCUAAUUGGUGCUGUCCGUAGGAUAUCAGAUCAUGGGUAUGAUUCAUAUCUAUGACACAUACAUAUGACACAUACAUAUGAUUCAUUCACACUCUACAUACUAUAUGACUCACUCAAUCCUAUGGAUCCAUAUGAUUGACAUGACUCAGUUGAUUCACUUGUGUGACUGACUUGACUCAUUCGAUUCACACAUCACUUGAUCUUCAUUCUGCUGAUCAAUCUUAGAUUUCAUAGUUCUUUGAUCAUUGAUAAGAGCAUCAACUCACUUUUCUUCUAGUGCACGGUUUAUAUCACUAUUAGAUAGUCACUCCCAYAGGUUAUGACAUCCUUCCGAAAAAAAUURUCACCACCAUGGUGAUCUUUUUUUAWGGCAUGCUCUCUCCUCAUCACAUGACUAUACCAACAAAACCAUCUGUUCACACCUUUGAACAACAAAUUGUCAUUGCACAUGCAACGACAACGUCUAACACAUAUCAACACCCAUUGCAUGACACAAAUGAAAUGUCUGUUUCGACACACUCACCAUUGUUGAUGCACUGGUGGUGGUCCCAGGACUACUACUACUACUAGAUCUUCUCAAUAGUAGUAUCCUCCACCAGUCCUCCUCUAAGAAUCAGCACCAUCCCUUGAAAAAUUGUGAUCAAAAUUGAUCACAAAAAUUGCAAACAGCAAGAAGAAAUUCAGCAAUUUUGUGAUCAGAUUAGUAUAUCUCAUUUUUUGUGAUCAAAAGAGAUCACAGAAUUUGAAAUGGGGGAUUCCUGCAAUUCAAAAAUCAAUAUUUUUCAAAAUUGGAUAUCAACCUGGCGGUGGUUCCUGAUUGGCUGGCUAAUGAUGCAGGUGGUUUCUACAGUGCAAAAACUGAGUGAGUACAAAGGUUAAAAAGUAUUAACAUUUUGUAACUCAUGUUGCCAAAUGUUGCCACUUGCAAAUGCAUGCCCCAAAAAAGGAAGAAAGAAAUACUUUUUUGUCAAGUAGAGGUACCUGUGUAUUUUCCAGCUGUGUCAUUUGUACAUUAGCAAUGCUCAAUAUCCAUUCAGRUAUAUUGGUAAAUACCACUAGGAUCCCCCAACUCCCCCAUACCAUUGAAAGCUCUCACAAUUCUCUUUUUCAACAUGUGCUUAAUGUUGUUUUGCAUCUGUUGGGGACCAAGAUAUAGCUAUCAGAGUGAGGUGACCCUUARUUAAUGUCCUACAUGUAUCUUUUGUAUGGUGCGUCAAUUUUGGACCAUCUAAUUACUGUGUUAAGACUACUUUGACUCAACGCAUCCAGUCCUAGACUCAACGUAUUCCAGUCCCACAAUGGACACCUUGCACCUCAACAGACAAUCUCUCUUCACUAAAUUAGUAGGUCACUAAUUGUGUGAACUCAUAACUUGGCAAUACCCCUCCUUGAUACAUUUGUUCUUUUUCCGGUUUAUCAGAAGGAACUGUGAUGGAAGCAUUUCUCUGUGCUUUAACACGAUGCAUCAAUCCAAUUUCUUUCUCCUUAAAUUGGUCAAGAACAAUACUUCCUGUGAGGGAGGGUACCCCUGCUAAAAUUGAAGGAUACUGAAAAAAGGAAGCAGCAGCAGCAAAACAAGCAUACUGAGCAACUGAAAGCACCAGUCUUUCUAGUCAAAGAGCUACACAAAGAUGUAUAUCAACGAUACUGUACCCUGUGAGCUCCCCAGACUUGGUUCCCCCAUGAUACACAGCAAUCUUGUUUGGUUGUCAUCCAAAGCAAAGGAUGAAAUCAAACAGCAGGAGAGCCAAAAUAAAGAAGGCAAGGCAUCAAGCCAGAAUGCUCAUGUUCAAAGGUCCUAAGGCUUGUGCUUACAAGCACUGGAUGCCACAAUGUAAGCUUGCAGCUGUAAAGGGCAACAUGGAGAUGAAGUGRCAUCCAGCAACAAAGGCAAGGGAAGCAGCAGAGUCAAUCAAACACAUGGAUCCAGGCAUGGGGUGACAGGUAAAGAGAGUAGAUGAGAUAUAACUCUCCAAAAACUGAGAAAAAUUAGUUAGGGGGGGGGUCAGGCUGCUUUAGGAGUUACAAAAAAGUUAAAAGAGAUUUCAUUGACAAGGUACUAAUUUAUUUGCAAUUUUUGGGGCUCUUGGCAGGCCUAGAUGGAUUCCAUUAAAAAAAAACAAGUUUCUUUUUGCUUCUUCAGAAAGUCCAGAGGAGUAAGAAUCAUCAAGGCCACCAGCCCCUGUGGAAAAGUGUUGAAAAGUUCUGCUACUAUAUAGUGUACCAUAGCAAAUUGAGAUUGCUUGUCUGGAGCGCCAAUAUGAGUCAAGAAAGUUCAACUCCGCCAGUUUGUGGUAGUAAUACUACUAGUAGUACAAGUACUAGAGGGAUGGGAUGAGCCAGCAUUCAUUCCUAACUUGUUGAUUAGAAACAUUAUAAAAUUUAAUUGAUUUUUUGCUUAUGCAGCUCUAAAUCAAAUUUAAUUACCAGUGCCCAGCCAGGGGGGCAGCUACCUACUACCAAUUGGAUAAAGGUUAAUGUUACAUAACCCAUGAUAGGAGACAGCAAGGAGAACUGUUGUAUGAACUGAUUGAUGUUCAACCACAUGUAACAUUAGGAAAAAAGUAACAACAAUGAGUCCUUUUCAGCCCCUCUCAAGUCACAGCAUUAGUAGUUGUAGUAGUUAUGAAGUACAAAGUCAAGUCAUUGGAUGGUUCCUUCUACUAGUACAAAUACUACUAGUAAUACUGCUACUAGUAAUACUAGUUUUGAGAUGACAUGACAAUAGUAGUUGAGAUCAUGAGAUUAGGAGAUGAUAUGAGAACCAAAUUCUUUAAUGCAAGUGUCUCAGCCCAUUGUUACAGCACGCAGUAAUAGUAUCAGCAGUGCCAUAACUUUCAAAAACAUUUUUUUCAGACAAACACAAACUUACACUUUGGUUCUGAAAAUGAUCUCCUAGAAUUUCUACUGAUUCCUGUGUACAUACAUACCUGAUUUGCACCUUCUGGCAUCCAAACUUCCAUGGUGACACCCCAUUGUGAAGUGGAAAAUCCAACUCCCUGGCCCUAAUGAAAGUACUAACCAAACCAAGUGUAUGAUAAGAUCGUCUGGUGCAUCACUCCCCAGUCCCCAGCUGAUAGUAGUUUGCCUCAACUGGGUCCAUCCCCUGUUCCUCCAGAAACUAUUUCUUCUGCUGAUCACAAUUUUGUUGCUUCUGACCUUUCUUGUUGUUGUGUCAGAUGCCAACAACAACCAACCAAGCCCCUGGCACCCAGUCCCCCCCAAACCUUUCCUCUGAAGAACAAUGGCUGGUGUGUUUGUCACACACUCAAUUUACUACAGAAGAUUCSCAGGAGACCUUGGCUCCAUGCACUGUUCCAGUAUUAUUUCCAACCUAGAAGAUGGUUCUGGUCACAAUGUUGUUCUUUCCCACAAAUUUGUGUCUGGCAGCACCAGCACCAACAAAAGCCCCCAGUAUCCACCAACCCAGACCUUUCCUUUGAAAAAUACCCCUGGUGUAUAUGCUAAAUGCUAAUGAGCUUGCCAAAUAUUCCCCAUUUCUUGCCCUAUUUCCAGACUGCUGGAAGUAGUGUCUUCUUAUCAACAUGUUGCUAUUUCCAAAAUUUGUGUACAACAAUAACAACCCAAGCCCCCAGUAUCCAACCCAAACUGUUCUCUUUUAAAAAAACCCUGGAGUAUAUUCUGAAUCCUACUUAGUUUGAAGAAGAUUCACCUACUUUUAUCUCCAUAGGCCACUUCUUCCCAUACUUUUUAUAGACCAGAAGCAGUAUUUUUGGACACAAUAUUGUUGUUUCUGGCAUCCACACCAGGCAACAACAAUAACAACAAUAAUAACAACAAUAAUAACAACAACAAUAAUAACAACAACAACAGCAGCAGCAGCAACAACAACAACAACAAAAACAACAACAGUCCCAAUUUAGAUCAUUUACAUUUUUCCCCAGUCUAUACAUAUGUUCUUCUGUUUAAACAGCAUCCUGCUUCUAACUGUCAUUGAUCCUUUCUGCAAAAAGAAGCAACACAGGCAGCUGCUUCUGCAGUAAUACUUCACCUAUUGCCACUUCUAUUUCAAUAAAAUAUCCACAUCACAACUUGUAAUUACAAAGGAGACUGCCUACUCCAAGACCAACUCAGUUUGUUCAGCAAUAUUUUUCUUUUAGCUUUCCUCCAGCUUGUAUUUUUCACUUUUCUCUUUUGUGACUACUUCUGUUUCCUUGUUUGCUGUGGUGUGACUUGUCUUUUGGCUUUGCAGUGCACUUAGAAAUGACCACAACAUAGCUAUCUUCCAUCAAAAUUUUGAACCAUCACCCUCCACGUCCCCUAAGUUCAGCCCCAUGCCUUAAUUGGUUGUCAGUAGUAUGCAUACUAGUAGACCUGGUGGAGCCUCCACAAAACAUCCUUAGAGUGAGGUGGUGCCCCUUGGAGUGACUACRAGGAGCACUCUUCUACCCAGUAGUCAGGAGAAAUAGUGGCUCUAGCCAUCUGCACAGUGCCUCUUCUAGUUCACAAGGUYAAAUGUAAUAUUAAGUUUUUUAAUCAGCAGUGCCAAAAGGCACUGGUAGGUAGGCCAGAGCCAUCACCUCUUGGUAGCAGCAGGAUGGUGCUUCUAGAGCUGCUCUGAGCGACGGCAUUCUUGGAUGAGGAGCAUGACCAACAAAAAACUGUGGAUGCUGGGAGAAUGAGACAAAAUCCAUUUCAUAGCUUAUUAUUGUUUAGCACUAGUAAUAUGUGGUUGGACAGGAGCAAAGGCUCAGCAGUGGUGGAUGAUCUGCACUAACACACAGUGCUAACAACACUUCUUCACAGCUUGAGAAAACAUGAGACAUGUUACAGAAGACAUCAUUUUCCAUCAUAGACCCUACUUUCAAAAUGGUGAUUCAAUUUUUUUUUGAUUUAAUUUAAGACCUCCUGGAUGCAAUGCCUUGUGUUUUUUGACUCCUUUUUAGGUAAUUUUUUUUUCAACUUGGGAGGUGAUGGAUCCUCUGUGUUCUAUCUGAAAUCAUAGGCAGCAUGUUCCUUCAAUUUCAGGGAGUAAAAUUACGAUCACUCUCAUUGAAGGAUCUCUCUCUCUCUCUCUCAAAAUGGUCCAGGGUAUAUUUACAUAAUCAUUAAAGUCUCAACAACCAUACAUACUCUUAUGAUGUUCCUGACACUUGAAAAAAUAAUGUUGCUUAAAUCAAAACAAAAAGAAAUAGUUUGAGGUCAUUCAAUUACAAAUCCUGCAUUUCAAUCCAAAAACUAGCUCUGUAAAUUGUAGUGGAAUUUCCACUAGGACAUUCGAAGUACUUUACUUCCAAUCGAAGUUCAUAACUUCAAAUUUAAACUUCUUGCUCACCAGAGUUACUGUAGUCAAUUGUUAUAGAAGGCGUAGUAUUGAACUAAGAUAAAUUUGAAAGAUCCAAACCCCAGCUCUGUGGCGAGUAUGCAUGAACGGCCAUAAUGUUUAAUUAAUUACUAGGUAUUUCCACACUGAAGUUUACCUCUAUGUAGUCAAUGGCUAUGGAAAAUAUCAUGACUCCAGAUUGGAUACUUUCAGCACGGAGACGAAUCAAGUGCUACUAAGAAGCCCGCGGAACGUUAACAAGCAUUAUUAGAAAAGUGACGCAGUAACAGAGAAACAAAGAAACAACACAUUUUAAACAUCUUUCUUUCCUUCGGUCGACAGAGGGUCGAUUGCCGACUUGCGCUCAAUGAGUUCGAAAAUUCUUCCUGCUGCGUCAAGAGCUUUUGGACGAUCAGUCGCUCCCUGCUGUGCCGCUGCCAUACCGGACAAAGAAAAGAGCAAGGAAAACAUCGAGAUAAGAUAUCCUCGAGAUGUGUACGUAUUGGGAUAUCUAUCAAUCAACCAGCCACCCCACCAAAACAGGAGAGCAAAACUCCACUGCUGAAAAAGUGGCCCUAUGCCAGUGUAGAGUCCUUUGACACAAUUUGUUUUCAKAGGCGUUGGAUCUUCUUUACGCAACGCCAUCGCGAAGUCCUUGCUUCGAGAAUCCUCAAGCGACAACGAAGCUACUGUCCGGAUAUUAGAGAGGCUCUCGAUGACAAUAACUCCUGAAGUUUUCUCUUCUUCACCGGUGUCGACAUCUUCUCCCAUGUACAUUCUCUGCUCAGCCUCGGCCCCCUGAAGUGAUAAAAAUGAUGGAAUUAG